UUCUUUUAUACCAAUAAAUUAAUCGACCGUCGCUGCUCUUGUCUGUGAUCUUUCAACCUGUGAGGCAACAACGACGGCGCGAAGGCAUUCAGAAUGGCUCUCUCGCCGGACUCUCAACGGAGGUAGUUCGUAAGGCAUUUUAAAAUCGAAACCACCGUCUCUUGCAUGGAUUCCAUCCAAUUUUCUACCAAUCAAACGCCUGUCGGGGCCUAGCAAGCCUUUAGGGUUCGUAGGAGUUUCGAUCCUAUCAGACGGUGAUCGCGAGCUCGGUCUGAUCGAUACUGGUGGUGGAGGAAAGAAACUGAAGUUUGUUCUCAUCUCGAUAAGUGCCUCUAAGUAAUAACUCUUCUUCCUCGUGGUUUUAUGAGCUCCUUCCGCGUUUGACACGAGAGAUUAAGAUGACUCAACCAUCAGUGAUACUUGCAACUGCUAGCUAUGAUCACACUAUUAGGUUUUGGGAGGCCAAAAGCGGUCGCUGUUACCGAACUAUACAAUACCCCGAUUCUCAAGUUAAUAGACUGGAGAUUACCCCAGACAAAAGAUAUUUGGCUGCUGCUGGUAAUCCUCACAUCCGAUUGUUUGAUAUCAAUUCAAAUAGCCCUCAACCGAUAAUGAGUUAUGAUUCACAUACUAAUAAUGUAAUGUCAGUGGGGUUUCAAUGUGAUGGGAACUGGAUGUAUUCAGGUUCCGAGGACGGCACAGUAAAAAUAUGGGACUUGAGGGCUCCUGGUUGUCAGAGGGAAUAUGAAAGUCGUGCAGCAGUUAACACUGUUGUUCUACAUCCUAAUCAGACUGAACUGAUAUCUGGAGAUCAAAAUGGGAAUAUCCGUGUAUGGGAUUUGACUGCAAAUUCAUGCAGUUGUGAACUGGUGCCAGAAGUGGAUACAGCUGUAAGAUCUUUGACGGUUAUGUGGGAUGGAAGCUUGGUAGUUGCAGCAAAUAAUCAUGGCACAUGUUAUGUUUGGCGCUUAUUACGUGGCACCCAGACGAUGACAAACUUCGAGCCACUUCAUAAACUUCAAGCACACAAGGGAUACAUUCUCAAGUGUCUCCUUUCACCUGAAUUCUGUGAACCCCACCGAUACCUUGCCACUGCAUCUUCUGACAGCACUGUCAAAAUCUGGAACGUGGACGGUUUCACGUUAGAAAAGACACUUAUAGGACACCAACGCUGGGUGUGGGACUGCGUCUUCUCAGUAGAUGGUGCAUAUCUUAUAACAGCCUCUUCCGAUACUACUGCAAGACUCUGGUCCAUGUCAACUGGCAAAGAGAUGAAGGUUUAUCAAGGUCAUCAUAAAGCAACUAUUUGUUGUGCCCUACACGAUGGAGCUGAACCCUCCUCUAGUUGAAACUGGAUUGUUCAUAGUGAGCGGUGUGCUGCCACUUCUUUCCCCAUCAUUUAUAACUCAAGAUAUUGGGUUGAGGCUUCCAGAAAGUAAUGCAUAUUUAUGAACCGAGCAAUACAUUCUUAGGCAUUAGUGGCUAAAUAAGUUGUUGAUUCUCUCCAACUGUGUUCUGAUAUUGAAUCAACCUGCCUGAUCAUCUCUUUGUGCUUCCAAGUGAGUGACAUUCCAGUGUUAUUUAUUUCAAUUUAGGGGCAGAGCUUCAGUUAAACAUGGUUCAAACACUUGGAAUCAAAACCCUGGUAGUUUGUAUACUGUUGGGAGAUUAAACAAGAUGGUAUCAGAUGUGCCAAAAGAAUGAAACUUGAAUAA